CAAGAGUUCCAACAAUCUGACACAGGCGCAUUUCCUCUUAUUACCCAAUUUAAUACAUCUUACACCGUGCUUUAUACUAUACUCUAGGCCACAAUGUUGACUGGAAAGAAAUGCCUUACAAUGUCUGACAUGUGGCAAGAAGUCACUGCCUAUUUCCAAAAUGGUCCUUCAUCUUCUAAUCCUCUCCGGUUUCGCACCCACCUGUGUCUUUUGCAACCGCCGGCCUCCCGAAAUGGCAACCUUGAUUAUGGAUUUGAGGUUGAUGAAGAGGCCAUGACUAUUUUCUCUUGCAUGGGUGGCACAUCUCGGCCCCCAUGUACCUGCAAAGAUCUCGAUGAACUCGUUGAGGAUAUGGAAAACUUCAUGUCAUCCUGUGCAACACCCCAUCCGGAUGACUAUACAAUCCAUACAGAGAAGAGUGAUACUUCCAUUGAAGAAGUCGCCCUGUACACAAUGCGAGAUACACUUCAGUGGUGGGUAACGUGGCAGGGGUCCAUCGGGUCGCACUUUUGGAAACAUUUAUAUGUCGCUAUAAUCACCAUUUGUGACGAUGUCGCUAUUCCUCCUCAGGACUUGGCCAAUGGCACUUUUCGAUUCCUAGGUUACACUCUGGAAGACAUAUUAGAUGGUCUUCACUCCGAGGGUGUUCAUCCAGAUGACAUCAGAGAGCUAAAGAUGCUCACAUGGCGCCAAUUCAUCUGUCAAUACUUGGAGAAAGUACAUCCUCGAAUCCGAGCCCGACUUCUCUCUCAAACCACCAUGAUGACCCAAUUUCGCGUCAUGACUGGCAAUCCACAGGGCGCUGCGCUCACCAUCCUGGCGUCCCGAGCAACAGGCCCAUUUUCGGCUGCGUACGAUGCGGUUGAACUUGCCGGCAUUGGCGUUUGUUUGUCCCUUGACAUAGGAAAGGAGGCUCGGGGGGUUCUUCAAGGGGAGGAGACUGAGACGGUUGCGGGCAAAAAUCGGGAUCUGCUCAAGAGCGAGCUACGUUGGAUAUACGCUCGAUCCAUAGAGCUCCUUGAUGUUCAGCCUUUGGCUUCUUUGGUCCGUCGAUUUGCGACGUCUGGUUUCUCCUAUGUUCUCGUGAUGGACCGCUACCUCGAAUGGACGAGAAACACCCGGAUUCCCAUGACGCCGGGUUUGCGCCAUAUGAUCGACUCUUAUCGAGGUCUCCAAAGCAAUCACAUUCCGAUUUCUGUGGAUGAACCUGCCCAAGGUUGGCAUCCAAUGAAUGAAUGCAUUACGACUAAGGGAGACCCGGUUUGAAUGUUUGCGCUAUGUAAUGUGGGGCUUGGUAUUGAUAUUGAUGCGGGUAGAUUGAGGUGAUUGGAUUGAUGAAAGGACUGAAGUAGAAAGCAAUGGAGUUAGUAUAGCUA